AUGCUGGGCAAGGCGAUGCUGCCGACCGACGAGGAGCUGGGCAAGAAGGACGACGACCACAACUUCAAGCCCGCGCGGCGGCCGGGGGCAGGCUGGCCGCACUCGCCGCGCUGGCGCCGCAAGCGCGUGCUGCUGCUCGUCGGCGCGUUCUGUCUGUUCUCGCUGGCCAUGCACUACAUGUCGGGCCCGACGCCUGACGCCCCGCCCGCCCACCACGCCUCGUUCCAGCUCCCCCAUGCCGCGCCCCCGAGAGGCUCGCAGUCCGACCCGCACACCGCCGACGCCAGAGAGCCCGCGGGGCCGCCGCCGGGCAUGCGCGCGCCGCGGAGAGGCCACCAGGCGCCGCACACGUUCGACGGGCUGUACAAGUUCUACCGGCUCGCGAAGAGCCUGCGCGGCGCGGCGCACACCGACGGCUUCCGCAAGACGAACCGCAACGUGCUGUUCGCCAUGUCGAGUCUGCAGAGCGCCGCCACGCUGCUGCCGCUCGUCUGCGAGAUGAGCAAGUGGAACCGCAACUGGGUGCACGCGGCCUUCGUGGGGCGGGCCGACAUCCCGCUCGACGCCAUCCUGGACAUCAACGGCAUCGACCGCAAACAGUGCCCCGCCAUCUGGCACGACGCGCGCCCCGACUACGCCGAGUACAGCACCGACGCACGCGCCGAGGCGGCCGUGCAGUCCGCGCUCUCGCACCUCCAGAACUUCCUGCACCCGCAGGUCGCCAUCACCGACGACCCCGCCGCCGAGGACGCCUUCUUCGCCGCCGCCGUGCGCAACAAGACCGCCGCGCUGGAUAUCCCGCUCAUCGAGGUGCCCGCCGGCCGCUGGGACGCGUGGGGAUGGCUGACGCGCCUCGACGCCGCGGCCCUGCGCGCCUGGCACGUCCCGAGUAUUGAUGUCGUGGUGCAGGUCCCCCCCGACUCGUCCAGCGUGCUGCAGCUCCUGCGCUCGCUCGCGGCCGCCGACUACACCGGCCUGCGGGCCCCGCGCCUCACGCUCGAGCUGCCCGCCGCGCUGGACCCGGUUGUCGAGCGCGCCUUGCAGAACCUGCAGUGGCCGCCGCCCGCGCACCCCCAAACCCCAGACCAGAACCAGAACCAGAACCAGAACCAGCUCAUCCUCCGCCGCCGCCUCACCCCCCCGGCAACGCCGUCCGACGCCGCAGCCCGCGUCCUCGACGCCUUCUGGCCCCAGGGCCCAGACGCGCACGUCCUCCUCCUCGCGCCCACGGCCCAGCUCGCGACGCAGUGGCUGCACUACGCGCGGUACCACGUGCUGGAGUACGGAUACUCGUCGUUUUCGCCGGCGCCGCGGGAGCUGCUGGGGGUUUCGCUAUUGAGGCCCGAUGUCCCGGCGCAAGAUGGCAGUAGUGGUGGGAAAGACGGUGGUGGUACUGGGGAAAAGACGAAGCUGAGAUAUCCCGGAGUCAGGGAUCUGCACGACCCGCGCUACGCCACGCAGUGGCCCGACACCACCGCCGUGCCCUUUUUGCGGCAGACCAUGGACAGCGUGGAGAGUCUGGCGACGCUGUUCUUCGCCGACGGGUGGCGCGAGUUCUGGGAGUUUGGGAGGUUGCGGAGCGAGCACCGUGCUGCGUUUCCCGCGGCAAAAAAAGAGCAGGAAGAAGGAGAGCGUGGUGAUGCCAAUGGGUGGACCGCGUGGGGCACACAGUUCAUGCGCGCCCGCGGCCUAUUCGUGCUUGUUCCUGCGAGGCCGUGGGGGGUGCUGCACCGCGAGAUCGACGGCUCCUCUACCUCCUCUGCAGACCCCAACACCAGAAACCAAGAGCCCCCCCUCCCCCCCGCCUCCAAAUCCCUCACCUAUCUACUCCCCUUCGACGCCGACCUCCCCGUGCUCUCCGACCUACCGCAUUUGCUGCACAAUAACAUACUCCUAGACCCGGGGAGCGUGGGGAGUGUGGCGCGGAAGUAUGGGAGGGUGUUUAGGGAGGAGGUUGGGGGGUGUGGGGGGAAAGAUAAGAAGGAGAAGGGAGAGGGCAGUGUAGGAAUAGGGAGGGCGAGGGAGGAUAGGGGGGUUAGGGGGUUAUUCUGCUUUGGUGACGAAGAUGAAGAAGAGGAAUGGGAAGAGGGGUUGGGGGAUGAGGGGGUGGGUGCUGCUGCUGCUGCUGCUGUUACUGGGGCGGAAGCGGUGGGUGUAGGAAGUUCGCGGAGUGUGACGAUGACGAGUGGGAGUGCGACUGCGACUGCGACUGCGAGUGUGGCGCCCACGGCUAAGAGUGUAAGGUAG